AUGAGGCUUCCAAGCGAUCGAAUUGAGGCAGAGUUGCUGAGACCCCAAGACUUCCAAUCCUUGCAUGAACACCAAAGUAACCGCACCUGCAUUGCGUCUCAGGGUACGGAGGUCCCGGACUUGGAUCUCAAUGUGCUGCCACCGGUGCUGCCGAAGCGGACGGGCAACAGCCAUCCCGCCAGCGUCACGAAGAAGGUGUGGCGGAAAAUUGUGUACUGGGCUAAAAUCCGGGAUAAGAUGAGCAAUCGGCUCAGUUACCUGCACUCGGACGACUGCGAGAAGAUGAAGGUGGUCGUCAUGGGCGGUGGCGCGUUUGGCACUGCCAUGGCGGCCCACGUGGCUCGCAAGGGCCACAUGGUUACCAUGAUUGUCCGCAACAAAUCCGUGUGCAAGUUCAUCAACCGCAAGCAUAUCAAUCCGAGGUAUCUUUCGGAGUUCGAUUUGCCAAAGAACGUGGGUGCAACGACGGAUGCAGCUGAGGCCCUGGAAGGCUGCGAUGUGCUCAUCCAUGCUGUGCCAGUGCAAUCUUCCCGCGAGGCAGCCCCGGGAUUUGAGAGCCCCUUCCUCUGUACCCUCUCACUGCUUCUUCCAUAUGACAAUCCCAAUGAUUACACGAAGCAUUUCACUCCGCGCAAGCACUCGUCUUUUGUUUAUUCCCUGAGCUCCUGGUCCGAGUGUGUUCGACAGGUGGCGCUGGGCGCCAUCCGGGAGCUAGUUCCCCCGGACAUUCCGGUGGUGGCCGUGUCCAAGGCUUUGUACUCAGGCGUGGAGCUCGGGACCCGAAAGCUGAUGUGCGACGUCAUCCCCGAGGCCAAGUUCAUGGUUCAAGGACUUCGUGAAGUUGAGGCAGUUUGGAUUAAGGAUUUGUGCUUGAGGCGCUUGGCCGCGACGAAGCUGAGGGACAGGCUUGAUGUUGUGGUGGUUUCAGGGCCCUCCUUUGCGCAGGAGAUUAUGGACCGCCGGCCAACCUCUGUGGUUGCCGCUUCUAGGAGCCCGGAGGCCGCCGAGAAGGUCUCCAGGUUGCUAACGUCCAAGUACUUCCGUGUGAGCAUGACCGAGGAUGUCCUUGGCGUUGAGGUCGCUGGGGCCCUAAAGAAUGUCCUGGCGAUCGCUGCGGGCAUUUGCGAGGGACUCGGCCUCGGAACCAACGCCAUGUCUGCUCUGGUGACGCAGGGUAACGCCGAGAUUCGGUGGUUGGCCACGGCUAUGGGAGCCCGGCCGGAGACACUGGCAGGCCUUUCCGGGAUGGGGGACAUCCUCCUCACCUGCUUCGGGAGCCUGUCCCGAAACCGCACCGUGGGGGUGCGGCUGGGCAAAGGCGAGCGCUUCGAGGUGCGCACGGCGUCUUGUGAGACGAGGCUUUCAUCUUUUGGGGUUUAG